AUGGAGUUUGUGUUGGUGGGAUUCUCCAACCUCCCAGACCUGAGGACCACACUCUUCGCCUUGUUCUUCCUCACGUACAUGGUCACCCUCAGUGGCAAUGUCACCAUCAUCACCAUCAUCCAUGUGGACCGUACCCUCCACACACCCAUGUACCGCUUCCUGGCAGUGCUGUCCCUCUCUGAGACCUGCUACACCCUGGUCACCAUCCCCAACAUGCUAGCCCACCUGCUGCUGGAGAGUCAGGCCAUCUCCAUCGCUGGCUGCCAGGCUCAGAUGUUCUUCUUCCUGGGCUUGGGGUGCAGUAACUGCUUCCUCCUGACCUUGAUGGGUUAUGACCGGUAUGUGGCCAUCUGUCACCCCCUCCGCUACUCAGUGAUCAUGAGACCCACCAUAUGCCUCAGCUUAGGAGCCGCGAUCUUCUGCUCCGGCUUCUCCGUGGCCUUGAUCGAGACCAGCAUGAUCUUCUCCUCUCCUUUCUGCCACAGCAACCGCGUGGAGCACUUCUUCUGCGACAUCGCCCCAGUCCUGAAGCUCAGCUGCACUGAAAGCGCCAGCAAAGCCCUGACCAUCUUCUUCCUAAGCAUCCUGGUGGUGCUCGUCUCCUUCCUCCUCAUCCUCCUCUCCUACACCUUCAUCGUGGCCGCCAUCGUGAGGAUCCCCUCGGCCGCUGGCCGGCACAAGGCCUUCUCCACCUGUGCUGCCCACCUCACCGUGGUCAUCGUGCACUUCGGCUGUGCCUCCAUCAUCUACCUUCGGCCUGACUCGGGGGCAAACCCUGACCAGGACCGCCUGAUUGCCGUCUUCUACACGGUGGUGACGCCGCUGCUGAACCCCGUGGUGUACACGCUGCGGAAUAAGGAGGUGAGGGUGGCUCUGAGGCGGACCCUGGCGCGUGGCUGUGGGUCUCAGAGUUUUUAA